GUCUUCGCCGGCGAAGCGUUCAGCCGACAACAACUUCAGUUAGUAGAAUAUGGUGGAAUCGACCAGUUCACAAGGAAUGAAGUUAUCGACCGCUGAUUCCAACUAAGGAAUGGAGCUCAUCAAUUUUGAAGAUUUGUUGGUGUUAAUUGGUGGAUGGUGUCGUUAUCAGAAGACCCUUUUAGUAUUUUUUUUCAUCAAUUGUCUAUUUUUGGCUUACUCGGCUUAUACCCCAGUCCUGUUUCUCUAUACGCCCGAUCAUUUUUGCUCCGUGGAUCACAUUUGGAACAACCUAGAAUCUCAGGAGUCUCCUUUGGACAAAGAAGAGUUGAUCAAUGUCUUGAUCCCAAUCGAUCAAUCCACGGGAAAGAAAAGCAAAUGCUUUAUUUACGACAUCCCUAUAAACAAGCUUGAAGUGAUGGCCCUUGGCAACCACUCAACGUUACAAUUUGAUACCAUUCCUUGCCCCAACGGUUGGUAUUAUAACACCACUGGAUUAUUCCGUUCAGUUAUUACUGAUAUGAACUGGGUAUGUGGAGACUCUUGGAAGGGCCCCUUCAGCCAAUCAAUGUUUUCGUUUGGUUCCUUAUUUGGCACCAUUGGUUUGGGUUAUGUUGCAGACGCAUUUGGAAGACUCUCUGCUUGGUAUGCGGCCAAUAUUUUGCUCAUGAUCACCGGAUUGGUCACUCCGAUCAUGACUGACUUCGUGGGCUUCACUUGCUUGCGAUUCCUUCAAGGAAUAUCCUUUGACAGCUUCUUCUCCAUCUUCUAUGUGUUAGCUUUGGAGUGUGUCCCUUCCAACAAAAGAGCCUUAAUCGGAAAUCUGGCAUUGGCCAUUGGAAUGACGGUGGCGGGAUGUUACGAACCUUGGGCGUUGUAUUUCUUGCAGGAUUGGAAAAUCUUGAACACGAUACUGUACGCCCAAGUGGCCGUAAUCAUUAUUGCUCCAUGGUUUGUCUUCGAAUCAGUACGUUGGUUGUCUGGUCAAGGGCGAAUAGACGAAGCUUACGAAGAACUCCUAAAGAUUGCCAAGGUCAACGGGAGAAAAAUCGACCCCGGUCUCGAAUCAAAAAUAAAGCAUGUGUUAGCUAACACCGAUAAGAAAUCAACGACAGACAAGGAAAAAAUGAAUCAACCCACCUUGCUUGAUUUGAUGAAAACGCCAAAUUUGCGAACGAACUAUAUCGUGAUGACCACAGUGUUCAUGUUGACUUUAGGGCUCUUUGAUAUGAAUGUCAGGAUCAUUGGUAAUUUGGAACAAAGCAUCUACAUCACAUUCACCAUUUCGUCUUUCUUGGAGCUUCCGGCGGACUUACUGGCCAUUUGGGGGUUGGAUUGGAUUGGUCGGCGAUGGUCAGCUUUCAUUUCGUUGUUUUUGAGCGGAAUCGCCAUGGGAAUAGCAUCUGUAGUCACUACUUACCCCUUAGUUGUACUUAUCCUGACUAUGGUUGGUCGCUUCUUUGCUACUUACGCACUGAAUACAGUUUUUAGUUUCGUCAUGGAAAUUGUGCCGACUGUGGUAAGAGGACAAGGCGUGGCCGUGGCCAGGUUCCUGGCAGGUUUGACUAUUUUCUCUUCUCCCUAUGUGGUUUUUACGGGCACCAUUCACAAGAGUAUCCCGUACAUCAUUAUUGGAGUUCUCAACAUAUUCAGUGCCUUUUUGGUCACAUUGUUGCCUGAAACUACUAAUAGACACCUGCCCGAUACCUUAGAGGAUGGAAAAGAUUUUGGGAAAGAUCAAGGAUUUUGGCUCAUGCCUUGUUUAACAAAGAAUCGUAAAUGAAUUUCCAUGGGUAUGCUCGUACAUUAAUUGCUUAAAAUGAAAUUAUGCUAUGUAAUAUUGUGUUUAAGUUAGGGUUAAAUCUAUUCCGAAAUAAAAUGUUAAUUUAAAAGAGA